UAAAGGGACACCAUAACUGCAGUCCAGGUUCCGGAGGGAACAGACAGAAUGGUUUCUGCUUGGGAACAACAGAUGCCGUGCUGUAGGAGCUGUGAUUAGGUGCCUGGACUGUGUACCGCUGGACAUGGAGUUCCUCUGUGCUGCCUGUGACAUGGAGGCCCACAAGAGAAACGUCUUCCAUGACAGAGAGGCUGUGUUCCAUGGAUUCCUGGAGCCCAUCCCCCUACAAGUGCUGUGGUGGUGAAUGAAAAUGGCCCGGCUCAGUUUUGUGAACAAAUAUGUCAGCUGCCUGUUCCUGCACCAAGGUCAAUUAGUGAAUGCACUCGUGACCUCACAAUCACUCCAGGGAAGCAUAUUUCUGUGGUCACCAUCAAUGGACGAUACGAUCUCUGCUUGCCUCGGAAAUCUUGUCCCUCCCGCUCUGCAGAACGGACCCCCGAGGUGAAGGACCUGCUUGUUUAUCGGUACUGGCCAGCUAGCAGCAGCUGCCAGACCCUGUACAAGUUUGAUGUCUUCACCUCAUUCGAACAUAUGAAGGUGACGGCACCGGCCAUGUCCAGGCAGGCCUUCCUGAAAAUGUUGGAGCACAGAUCUGUUCAAGCUGGAAGGGCAGGCAGUAUCUGUGCUGAUACAUUUCAGCAAAGCUUUUUUGAGUUUACCUUCUGUCAGUACAUAGAAGAGGAAACGUGCCAGGUCCAUCAUUUUGAGUGUCCAGCAUGUUCUCCAGACAUGUUGGCUGUCUGCUCUGAUGGAAACCCAAAACAUUACCGCUUCAGCAAGUCAAAAGGGACUGAGGAGCCACCCAUAUAUGAGGACGGUACUGCCAAGUUCACCGCUGGCAGAGAGAUAUCCAAAAGACAUGGGUUUCUCUUACGAGGACUAAACCAUUACCGUGGAGAAAUAUUUGCUUACCCAAUGUUUCUUCUCAGAGAGAUGUCAAAGAAGGCAAAUGUUACCUUCUUCUGUGUAGAUGUUACAUGCAGGUACUGGCCCUACCUUAACAACGUAGCAGAGGGGUUACCAGAGCUUCUGCCAUUGACAGAAAUGAGGCCAUUCCUGAGCGUCAUGCAAGCCAAAGCCCAUACAGCAAAAUGCAGUGAGAUGGGGCGGCAGAAGCCAGGAUGGAGCAGGAAACACAGUGGGACAGGAAGUGGAGCAGAGAGAGUCUACACUCCAGGUUGUACUGAAGAGCUAAGGGCUGACAUUGACAACGUCACUGUAACCCUUUUGCGCAAGACGCAAGAUCUGUAUCGUCAGCAUGAUAGCAACCAGGAAGAAAAUGACUGAAAUGAGUUAAAGAAGAAGCUUCGCGAAAAGGUCUCGCAAUACAACACGUAGUGGAAGCAGAUCCGAUUGACGAGGAGUUGGCUUGCAGUCUGACAGAGGGAUACAUCCUACCAUGGCAGAGACAUGAAGAUGCUAUGAUAUGCAACACCUUCAGGUUGGAGAGAUCUAUCUUCGACCAGGUAAUGCUGCUGAAACGCUUGGAGGAGGAGCAGAGCAUCCUGGUAAAGGAGAUGUCUCAGCACAUCAAGUGGAGUCACUCAGAGGACAGACUUUGGAGCGCAUCAAAACCAGCAGUUUCGGUGACCUGACAGAGGACGCGACACAUGGACUCAACAGUGUCCUCAAUCGGAGGGGAGGACAUUGAGCAGUGGGAUGACAAUAGCUUCACCAGCCCCGAGUCUGAGGAAGAAGACACCUAAAGACCACUACCAAACAACACAGAGGAACUGAUUUGUACAGAAAAACUUGCCUUGCCUCUGUUUUAAAUAGCUGUACCAAAGUAUCAACAGGAAAGUUUUGCUAGAAUGUCAAGAUUCUGUAGGUGUUUUAUUUUAUUUAAAAAAAUAGAAGAGAUAAAUAAAUCAAUGUUUUUCUAACAGUUGAACUUGCUGGUUGCAGACCAAAACUGCUUAUUGCUGCUUUAAAUUAUUAAUUGUCGUCAUCGAAUUGUCGUGAAAAUCUAAUGAAGAUUCAAUGGUAAUUUAGAUUAUAUAGUAUAAUUCUAAUGUACUUUGGUAUUUCCAUAAUAUAUGUGGAUUUAUAUUUGUAUUCAAUAUGCAUAUACUACCCAUAUUAUUUUGUAGUUAUUAGUAGUGAAAGCACACUGAAUACCGUCAAAAGUGUGUGCGUGUGGUUGCAUGUAGUCCCAUUUGUAAAAUGCACAUUUUUAUUCCCAUCAAAUAUUUUACAUUGUCAACACACAAUCAGCUUCAAGAUGAGUAACUGCUACAUAAGGUUAGUCCAAAUAGUAUGCUAUGCAAAUUAGGAUAUGGCAUGAUUUCAUAGUUACUCAUGGUACUGUAAUUUAGCACAAGAGGUAGAAAGAUUACUAAUACAAAUGAAGGCAUUUCGAAGCCUGUGAAUAAAAUGGGAAGUUGCUCAUUUAGUUUAAAUUUAUUUAAUAAGAAAUCAUAAAUGAAAUAUUGUCUUCUUCAAUAUUGAGCUAUGUCCCCUAAUAAAGCACUCCAACUGUGUGUGUUAUCAGUGGACUGAACAUUUUGGUAGUUGUUGACUAUAGUUUAGCUUGUCUGACUUAAAAUAUGAUCAACUGUAACUUUUCCAUGGUCUGUUGGCCACAAAACAAUCUAUAUAGGGGUCCUUCAAAUUAAAGAAAUGUUAAGUCUG